AUGGAUUUCGUCAAGCUGUAUAAACCAAACGCGAAAAUACUUAGUAAAGUAGGUCAAAGUAAACCUAAAACAAAAAGAAAAGGAAAAAACGGUGGUUUAAGACCGGCUGCUGACCCAGAGUCCUCUAGCUCUGAUGGAGGUUCAGUCAAUUCGUGGGAUCGAAUUCAGGAGGAGUUCAAUGAUAUAGUAGACAGCACUGGAAAAGAUGAUAAAGGCGGGGAAUACAAGAGAAAAAGCCGCAACAUCUCAGUUUGCAUAAUAAUACCCAUUCUGGCUGUAAUCAGUUACUCGUGCUACCACAUCUACCAAGGACACAUCUCCCACCGGCAGAGCAGGGCUAAUCACAACCUGGUCGGCAGCAGUCAGCAGUUCUCUAAGGCAGUGGAGGGUCUCAAUGCGGAAAUGUUGUGGACAAUGAUGUACAUAUACGGUAACCUUGACUACCCAGUGGUAGUUGUCAGUGAUCUCAGGAUUAAGAGUAACGAAUCUCUAGCUGAGAUAUCAAGUUGGCCCAAGACACUGGAGACGAACUAUGCCACAAAGACCCAGUUUGUUCACGAUCUAGAGCAACUAAGAGGUCAGAUAGAUGCUCAGCAGCUCCGAGCAGAGGAGGCUUUCAAAGCGUACCACGUGAUGAUAAAGAUUAUAUAUGAAGGGGUAAUCCAGUCUCUACAAGGAGGAUCCUUCUCUCUGGUCUGGAACACGCUGGUGACGUAUGAGACGAUUAUCUUCAGCAGAUAUCAGCUUUUCUUGAUAGAAAGUGUUGGGGUGAUGUACUUUAUGAACGGCACCAUCUCCCUUGAUAUUCAUUCGCUGUUCAUCGGCGCUCUCAAACUUCACGACUACUCGCUACAGUUUUCACAGAUAUAUGGCGGGGAUACCAUCCGGUCUAAGAUAUACCAGUCUCUCAUCAAAUACAGCGGUGACCUGCGGACGCUAUUAAAGCAGAUAAGAGGUAAUGCUCACGUUGAGCAGUCUCACAAAAUAGCGCUCUUUUGGAUAAACAUCGGAAUGUCAUACGACGAGCACAUAAAGUCAAUCCAGGACAGCGUAGCCGCGUCUGUUAACGAAAAGAUGGCUUCAAUGAUAAAGAAAGCUAUUCUUUAUCAGUACGCUACAGAAGUAGUUCUUAUCAUCCUGUGCCUUAUCUUAUCUGUGUUUGCUGUAAUCGACAUCAGGAAAAUAAAACAGAUUUACCUGUACUUAAAGUCACAAAGUGAGCGGACGAAGGUAACCAUGAGGGUGCUCAAGAUACAGAAAGACAAGUCAGAAGCGUUGUUGUUCAGGAUGUUACCGUACAGUGUGGUGAGAGAGCUCCGGAAGUGUCGGGAAACUAGUAAUCUAUACGUGGGCAGCUAUCAGAGUGCAACUGUUCUCUUCGCUGAUUUGGCUGAUUUCCAGCGGCUAGCAGCUAGAGAUAUGAGUCCGUUUGCGUACGUACGAUUCCUGGAGACAUUCUACUCGAGAAUCUCAGAGGUACUGGAGUCUCACAAUGUAAACGAGAUUGAGACUGCUGCCGGGGAGUGUCUAGUGGUUAGCGGACUCCCUGAUAGGAUACCCAAACACUGCUCCGAGAUAGCACUCACAGCGCUAGGACUCCGGAGUGUAAUGUGUCGAGGACUUCAACUCGGAGUCCACGGAGACUUUGUGUGUUUCCGUCUUAUACAGGGUAUAGCUACUGGACCAGCCGCAGCUGGCAUAAUUGGGGUUAAAUUGCCGAGGUUUUGUGUGUUCGGCGAUACGGUCAAUACUGCCGCUAGGAUGAAAUCUACUGCUAUUGGUAUGAGGAUUCAGAUUACUGAUGUAUGUUCGGAAGUUCUUGAAGAAGAAUUCAUAGUUUCCAAACGAGGCGUCAUCUUCGUGAAGGGUAAAGGAGAGAUGGAGACUCACUGGUUAAUUGGAGUCCGGAACAGCAACGAGGACCUAACAAACUACAACAGCAGUAACAGCAACUCUGGUUCCAAGAUGGCUUCAAAUGCCAACAGAAAAAAACGGAAUAGUUGGGCAGAGCAACCAAAAGAGCAGCCCAAAUCUAAUGGGCGAGAGCAAACAGACGAUACAAAGUCUAAAAACAAGCCCAAGACAGGGCGUACUAACGGAGGAGUGAAUGGCCGCUAA